GUACCUCCACCACUCGCCUCUACAUUGUCAGACAUGCAUCAUAUCACGCAUCAUCUGAAAGACCAAUCUAAUCUGACGCCAUACUACAGCGCAGCCACUCAGCACGAAUUUCUUACAGCUGCUGGUACAUUGAGCCUAUCUCCAGGCCGUCUUGCACUGUGGCUCGGUCAGGAUCGCAUUUAUGCGGCACACGCAUAUCCGCGUUUUAUUGGUCUGCUCAUAUCAAAAAUUCCCUUCGAUGGACCAGCCGUUGAGGAGGAAUUGAACAGAGAGACUCUCGCCCUGCUGAUAAUAUGCUUGGAGGGAGUUAUUCGCGAGGUUGCUUUCUUUGAAGGGGUCGCAAAGGAAUGGAACUUGGAUAUCGACGGUUGGAUAGAGCGGAAAGGCACACGAGAUUACACAGCUGAGAUGGCAAGGGUAGCUUCUGUUGGUUCGUUGGAAGAGGGGCUCGUGUUUCUAUGGGCAAUGGAACAGGUAUACCUCGACGCAUGGAAGUAUGUAAAAUCCCUGCUCCCUCUUCAAAGUGACUCAGAAAACGAUACUGCGAAUGCGAUCCGCCAACUAACAAACAACUGGACGACUCCGGAGUUUGAAGAAUUUGUCCAGAAGCUGGAGGAUCUGGCAAACAAGCACUUCGCGAGACGUCACCAUGGUCAUUCGCACUCAGCUGUACGUGCGAUGGAGAGUAUUUGGGCGAGAGUUGUGGAACUUGAGGAGAUGUUUUGGCCCGAGGACGGAGAGGACACCCGUUUGAGCUCUAAAGCCUCUUGAGGUCGAACACGUGGAUUCUUUGGAAAAUAACGGUGCUUGAUUAGCAUAGCAGUAUGGGAGUUCGUGUAUUAUAGUGUCUGCCGGACCAGUAUGCUGAUAGUUCAAUUAUAUUCAGACGAAAGAUUGAGAAGACGAGCCUCAACCCGGACCCUCCGACAAGGCAUGUCGGAGUCCUCAGGUAAGUCUCGCUAAUUGAAAUUUC